AUGGUCAGCAGGGCCCAUUGCUUGGUGCAACAACCAAAAAGGGCAAUCAACAUUACCAAUAAAAUUGAGUCCAAAAAGGCCAACACUGAUAAACAGUCUGGAUUGGCCAUCCUCUCAAGGUCAUUGGGUACUGAUGGUACUGACAGCCAUGUAGCAUGGAACCUUGAGAUGAUCAUUUAUGGGAUUAAUGCUCAAAAUCUGCACAAAUUUGGUGGGUCUACUGUUUCUACUCUGAAAGCCACACUGUCUAUCAUUCCUAGCAUCUUCGGCGGACAACGAAGCAACAUCUUCAACCCAUUUUCUCUGGAUAUUUGGGACCGUUUCGAGGGCUUCCCUUUCAGCACAACCAUCAGCUCUGCGCCCGAUUUAGCUCGGGAAACCUCUGCCUUCGUCAAUGCCCACAUCAAUUGGAAGGAAACCCCAAAAGCACAUGUAUUCAAGGCUGAACUUCCUGGGCUAAAGAAGGAAGAAGUGAAGGUGGAAGUAGAGGAGGGAAGGGUCCUGCAGAUAAGUGGGGAGAGGAGCAGGGAGAACGAAGAAAAGAGCAACAAAUGGCACUGGGUGGAGAGGAGCGGUGGCAAGUUCUUGAGGCGAUUCAGAUUGCUAGAAAACACAAAGUUGGAUCGGGUGAAGGCAUCCAUUGAGAACAGAGUGCUGACUGUAACACUCCCCAAGCAGGAGGAAAAGAAAUCUGAGGUGAAGGCCAUUGAAAUCUCUGGUUAAAGCAUUUCAGAAGCACAAAAUGAUGGAGUUGGUUAUCGGUUGAGAGUCUGUGUUUGUUGUGUGCUUUGUCUAUGUUUGGGGCUUUCCUGUGUCGUCCCUCCCAUCUAUGGUCUGUAAAGAAUUUUCAUUUGUAUGUGGGACGAAUGAAAGUAUGUAGAAAAAAGUGAUUUUGAGCAAUGAAACAGAGAUUUGGAUUGU